CCACAGCUGCCAGGCUGCGCUUUUCAAACGCCGGCUGCGCGGGGCGGCGGUUGGCGGGGACUCGGGGCGGCCUGUGGUGCGAGGGCCGGUCGUGGCGGCUGUUGAGCGAGCGGCGGCGUUCUGCGUGGUCUCUGCGAGGAGCGGUGGCUGGCAGAAAGGACAGACCUGUUCCUAACCAUGUCCAGGAGAAAGAUGGAGAACAGAAGCCUUUCGGGCUUGUUGGCCACGUCUCUGCAGACACAAAUCAGGAUGGACAAUUUCCACAAUUUUUACAUGCUUGAGUCCAAAGAGCUGGGAAGAGGAAGAUGUGGUGUGGUUAGAAAAUGUAUAGCUAAAUCCACAGGUCAAGAAUAUGCAGCUAAGUUUUUAAAGAAAAGAAGAAGAGGUCAAGAUUGCAAAGCGGAGAUUCUUCAUGAAAUUGCUGUGCUUGAAUUAAUGAGAUCUAAUCCUCGCAUAGUUAAUCUCCAUGAAGUCUAUGAAACAGCAAAUGAAAUCAUCUUAGUGUUGGAAUAUGCGGCUGGAGGAGAGAUCUUUAACUUGUGUGUCCCAGAGCUGGAUGACAGAAUUGCUGAAAGUGACAUCAUAAGGCUUAUCAGGCAAAUACUUGAAGGACUUUGUUGCUUGCAUGAAAAAAAUAUUGUUCAUCUCGAUUUAAAGCCUCAAAAUAUUUUGCUGAGCAGCAUCAAUCCUCUUGGUGAUGUGAAGAUUGUAGAUUUUGGCAUGUCUCGGAAGAUUGAGAAUAGCACUGAACUGCGGCAAAUCAUGGGAACCACCGAGUAUCUCGCUCCAGAAAUCUUAAACUAUGACCCUAUUACCACAGCCACGGAUAUGUGGAACAUAGGUGUAAUAUCCUACAUGCUGCUGACUCAAGAAUCUCCAUUUGUGGGAGCUGAUAAUCAAGAAACUUUUCUUAAUAUAUCUCAAGUUAAUGUGGAUUAUUCAGAAGAAACAUUUUCAUCAGUUUCACAGCCAGCGAAAGACUUCAUUCAAAAACUUCUCAUAAAAAAUCCUGAGGAAAGGCCCACAGCAGAGGCCUGUCUCUCCCAUUUCUGGUUGCGGCAAGGGGAUUUCAUACUCUUGUGCAGCCCUGAAGAACCUUGCUGCCCAUCUCUGAUGCCAGGACAUGCAACAAAAUGCUCAGAAGAGCGGAAUGUGAGAUCCAGUUGUAAUGGCACUUGCAGCGACAAGGAAGACAAAGAAAACAUCCCAGAGGACAGCAGUAUGGUCUCCAAACGCUUCCGGUUUGACGAUUCACUGCAAUAUCCCCAAGACUUCAUGACAGACUUUGUAUGUUAAUGCGUAACAUAGACUUUCAUAAGAAUGGGUUGAGUGUAAUCUAUUCCAGCGGCAAGUGCAAGAUUGGCUUGCCAGUUUGUGCAGUGUUGCUGUACUGGAAACGCACUUUGAUUCUUUAUUCUGGUGCUUGCUUUUCUAUCCGUUGCUGGCAAUGGGUUUAACUCCUGAGAAUUGGAGUUGUAGCACCAGUAAAAUGAAUUAUUUUUUUAAGAAGAUAUAAUUAAAUAUUUUUUGCACUUUUUAAAUUUCAGUCCAAAAAUGAUGCCAAAUUAAGGCCUGUACAUGUGUUGAGAUAAACUCAUUUUAUUGAGUUUUUGCCUAAACUUUGAGCUUUGCCAAACAGCAGUUGAACAGCGUGUACGUUUUUAUGACUAGCCUUCAGAAGCGGGUCUAAGUAGGUAGAACUGAAUCUAGCUGUCUUAAUGGGCAUAUCUGUGACCUUUCUCCUCGAUUUAAAUGACAGCUAAAAGCAGCGUUCUGGGAUGAUUGAUCUGCUGGGGCCAUCUGGAAAACUGCUUUUUCUCUGGUGUCGUUAGUAGUUAAGGAAAUGUUUUUCUGGUCCACCUAGAGAUUGAAAUGUAUAUUGAGCGAGGUGUUUUUCCAUUGUUUCCUGUGGAUGCAUGUAAUGCUUGAAAAGAAAACGGGUAGAUGGUCAGUCCUUGUGUUAGUGAUACACUGCUUCUUACCAGUGAGUUAGAUUUGAAGAGGACAAGUUUUCCAUUCUGUUGUGAUUAUUUGAUACACGUUAGUUGUCUUUCAUAAAAUAUCUGAAGUAUAUUGUCUAGAAUUAUUGACCUAUUCCUUAUCUUAAAACCAAAAAAUGAACACAAAGCCAUGAAAUGCCUUAAGUUCAAAUUAAUAACUGAAUAAACUGAAAAUGACUUUUUUUUUUUUUUUUUGCCAGUAGAGUUGCAAUUAAAAGCUUUUCAUUAUGCCUUUUUAAUGUUGAUGUGCAGUGGGUUUUUCUGUCAAUUACUGUUAUUCACACAACUUAGCUUUAUGCCUGCCUUGAGAAAUGGACUGCAGUGUGUUAAUAUUUAAAGGCAAACGACCCAGUAAUUAUUUUAAGUCUUUUCAUUUGCUUUGUUUAAUGUGUUUGUUAUGUGUUCAAGUUAUAUCCCUUUCAAUUCCUGUUUCUAGGCUCAGAGAAGUAACGUGUAAGUCAAACUUCAGCUUAGAGCAAACAUCAGUCAUGUCUCAACAGCCUGAAACUAACAGUUUAACACAGAAAAACUGACAAGAUCCUAAUCAUAACACUGAAGCUAAAACUCUGUGUAGAAAGUAUAUUAAAACUUCUGUAAGUAUUCUGAAAGUAAAUGGUACUUCGAAGUAGUUCUAAGCCCUGAGGAUUAGAAAAUUCCAGACUUAGUCUCCUUAAUUUGGUUUCUUUUAUUUAAUAAAAUAUCACAAUCUAA